AUGAAAAUUCACUAUACGAGGCAUAUUUUAUGGAAGAUCGACUCUACUAGAUCUAGCUCAAAAGAUGACUCAUUUUUAGAGCUAAUUCCUGUAAUGGAUGUUGGUGUCGAGGACAUUGAAGACGUCCCUGUAUCAGAAUAUCCAAGGACUCAAAUCCAGACAGAAGACUAUGAGAAGGAAAAUAGGCGCGAACGUAGACAAUGGCAAGGUAAACUACAAUCUAGUAUUCGGGUAAAGUAUGGGAUGAGCACGAGAAAUCCGGGACAUGAGCUGAUUCGCAAUUACUAA